AUGGACAUAUCUACCAUUGUACUCUGGUCGCUUUUGAUGCUUGCGUCAAGAGUUAGCGGGUUACAGCGUGAGAACUUCGAGUCUGUCCCCGGGAUUGCUUUCACUGGAGUUUCUUUAAAGACUCUCCAAGAGGAAAACAUCGGUUGUUUCUACCACGGAUGCCCCCGGUGCUUUGACACUGAGACAGUGAACCCUCAAACCUACCUCACCAGGAGUGAGCUGUACGACAAAACCCUAGAGCGUCGGGCGGCCAUCGUGGCAAGAGGGUACCGCUAUGUUGAGGUGUGGGAGUGCGAUUUCGAUAAGACGUUGGCUGAGGACCCUACUCUAGCGGCCUUGGCUGUGGAGAUGGAGCGUGAGGUCCCUCUGAACCCCCGUGAUGCGUUCUUUGGGGGGCACACCAACGCCAUAACUCUGCGGGAGGUCGUGAACGACCUCCCUGAGGACUCCAAGAUCUACUACGAUGACAUCUGCUCGCUGUACCCCUUCUAUAAUUACUACAAGGAGUUCCCCAAAGGCCACACGCAGGUCACCACCAGUGGGUUCGCGGAUGAUAUCACCGUGUACAGAGGUCUGCUGAAGCUCAAGGUCUUACCCCCGCGGGACCAAUACUUCCCCGUACUCCCAACAGAUAUCAACGGGCAAUUGAUGUUUGCUCUUUGCAAAACCUGUGCCACUGCCGAACACCAGGGGCCAUGCAGCCACACAGACGCAGAGCGUGCCAUGGUUGGGACGUGGUGCCACCCUGAGGUGCAGGAGGCCCUACGCCGAGGCUACAGUGUCCUCAAGGUGUACGAAGUAUGGCACUGGGACACAUGGGGUGUGCUAUUCCGCGACUAUAUCUCCACGUUCCUUAAACUCAAGCAGGAGGCUUGGGGGUGGCGCGAAGAUUGUGUCACUGACGGAAAAAAGGUUGAGUACCUCAGGUACGAGGAGCACCAAGGGACAAGCCUCGGCCAUACCAAAAUCGCUAAGAACCCAGGGUUGAGGACCGUCGCUAAGGCAAAGUUGAAUAGUAUGUGGAGGAAGUUUGGUCAGAGGGCUACCAGACCAAGACUGAGAUCCCAAGCGACCCUGAGCGCUACUUUGCGCUCCUGCUGGACGAUGACGUCGUGGUUAAAGACGUGUUCGUCAUCAAUGAUGAUAUGCUGGACCGUCGAUGCCAACGACACGGACAGCAUAAUCUACACCCAGUCCACGGGCAAAUGGAAGCCACCCUUGGGCAAUUUCUUCGAGGACUUAACCAGUGAGUUGCCUUCGGGGGACCACAUCUUGCAGUUCGUGUCCACAGGCCCCAAGAGUUACUCGUACGCAACGACCCAAGGCACGGUCGUGUGCAAGGUGAAGAGGCUCCACCUCAACGUACGCACAGCUGAUGUGGUGAACAUGCGCACUAUGGAAGAUUUGCUGGAGGAGGGCCCCUCAGGGAGCCGUACCGUCCCCAACCCUGCAGCGAUCCGGAGGGAUGUGAGGCGUCGGACCCUACACACCACAACCCUCGAUAAGACAUUCCGUAUGCUGUAUAGUAAACGUGUAAUCUGCCCUGACAAGGUGCAUACACUUCACUACGGUGGUCUGCGGUGCUGCAAGCAUUCCCGACACACCUGUAAUACGCUGUCGGACGCAGUGGAAGCUUUUGCGUUGUAUACUCGCAUGCUGUAA